CUCCGACGGUAUUACAGACUACAGUGGCUUGUAAAGGAAUGGAAUCUUUGGAAAUUACACUUUGCUUGGUUUUGUCACGGUCCAGCCAUGAGUAAUAUACUAUAACAUAUCAACGUUUGUGUGCUAAUUUAUCAGCUAUAGAGUGAAAACCUCGUGCAAGAAAAAAAAAAAGUUUGUUAGAAGUCUAUUUAGAUUGCUGUCAAAUGUCAAACUAGCGUUCUACACGGAGUUAUCUCGCACCCAGAAUGAAUCGGAAACAAGAACCUGACACGAAGGAGACGAAAUUAAUGGGGAAGCACGCGGACUGCAACGUUAAUGGUUUUGACUUCUGCAACAGUCAUAACUGUCAUUCGGAAUAAUUUCCUUCCCGGUAGCUACAACAUUCAGAACGAACAACGUCCAGGUGGAUGUAUCUGCUGAGCCACACAUGGACAUGGAGUGUCCAGUAUGUCCCUCGUCCAAUCAGGAUGGCUGUGUCCUAGACCCACUUCAUGUCUCCGAGCCCAAACAGGUAGUAUCCCCUCCCUGUCUGAGGGUGCACCUGUACCACCGGGGCAGGGCCAAUAGCCCAGACCUCACCUAUCCUUCAGGGAACUAUGUGGCUGAGGAGCUGUGCAUCGAUGCGGCCAUGGCAUGCGGCCUGUCACCAAUGUACUGCAGCCUAUUUGGCCUGAUGAGGGAGAGCGACCGCAUGUGGUUCCCACCCAAUCACAUCCUCAAACUGGAAGAAUCAGCCAAUGAGAUGCUCCUCUUCAAAGUGAGGUACUACUUCCCUGGCUGGUAUAACAACAGAGUCUCCUGUGCCCACCGCUAUGGGGUCAACAAAGGACUGGAGAGCCCCGUCUUAGACGACACCGUCAUGUCCUACCUCUUUGCUCAGUGGCGUAGUGACUUUGUGGAUGGCUGGGUCAGUAUCCCAGUAAACCAUGAGGCCCAGGAGGAGUGUCUUGGCAUGGCUGUGUUGGAUAUGAUGAGGAUGGCUAAGGAGAGCAGCCAGGCUCCUGUGGACAUCUUCAAUGACACCAGCUAUAAGUCAUUCCUGCCCAAGGACAUACGUGCCCGUAUCCAGGAGUACCACUUUGUGACCCGGAAGAGGAUCCGCCAUCGCUUCAAGAAGUUCAUCCAACAGUUCUGCCAGUGUAAUGCCACCGCUCGCGAUCUCAAGCUCAAAUACCUGGCAAAUCUGGAGAUGCUGCAGCCAGCCCUCUACUCCGAGUGCUUCCGGGUCACAGAGACCUCGGCUGGAGAGGUCACCAUCGUCGUCACGGGUAACAAUGGAAUUCAGUGGUCCCGGGGGACGGAUAUGGAGAUAGAAAAGGGUUUCCAGACGUACUGUGAUUUCCCUGAGGUUAUAGACAUCAGCAUUAAGCAGGCCAACAAGGGCGGUGCUAUCGAGAGUCGUAUCGUCACCAUCAACAGACAGGACCAUCAGACUCUGGAGCUGGAGUUCCAUUCCCUGUCGGAGGCUCUGUCCUUUGUGUCUUUGGUGGAUGGCUACUACCGGCUAAUAGCAGACGCCCACCACUACCUGUGUAAAGAGACGGCGCCCCCUAAGCUGCUGCAGGCCAUUCAGAGCUACUGUCACGGCCCAGUUUCGAUGGAGUUUGCUAUCAGUAAGCUGCGACGGUCCGGGAAUCAUAAGGGUCUGUUCAUCCUCCGCAGCAGCCCUAAGGACUACAACAAAUACUUCCUGACCUUUGUGGUGGGGCAGAGUGACAGCCUGGUGGAGUAUAAGCACUGCCAGAUCGUGAAGACAGACCAGGGAGAGUACAUCCUCUCUGGGGCUAAGAAGAGCUUCAGCUCUCUAAGGGAGCUGCUCCACUGCUACCAGAAGGAGGCGCUGCGCUCUGACGGACACAUCUUCAAGUUCACCAAGUGCUGCCCGCCAAAGGCUAAAGACAAGUCUAACCUGUUGGUCUGCAGGGGUAACCAGGGCGCUGAGGUACCUCUCUCCCCCUCCCGCCACAGAGACAUUAGCCAGAUGGUGUUCCACAAGAUACGCAAGGAGGACCUUGUCAUUAAAGAUAGUCUGGGUCAGGGAACGUUUACUAAGAUCUUCUGUGGCGUGAGGAAGGAGCUUGGGGACUAUGGAGAGAUUCACCAGAUGGACGUCAUCAUCAAGAUCCUGGACAAGGCCCAUCGCAACUACUCCGAGUCGUUCUUUGAAGCCGCCAGUAUGAUGAGCCAGCUGUCCCAUAAGCACAUGCUCCUCAACUAUGGCGUGUGUGUCUGCGGGGAGGAAAACAUGAUGGUGCAGGAGUAUGUGAAGUUUGGGUCCCUGGAUACAUACCUGAAGAAGAAUAAGAGCUCUGUGAACAUCACCUGGAAGCUAGAGGUGGCCAAGCAGCUAGCCUGGGCUAUGCAUUACCUGGAGGAUAAGAACCUGAUCCAUGGAAACGUGUGUGCCAAGAACGUCCUGUUGAUCCGAGAGGAGGACAAGAAGACUGGGAACCCUCCCUUCAUCAAACUGAGUGACCCUGGAAUCAGCAUCACUGUCCUGCCCAAAGAUGUCUUGGUGGAGCGUAUCCCCUGGGUGCCUCCAGAGUGUAUAGAGGUGCCUAGACACCUGACUCUGGCCACGGAUAAGUGGGCCUUCGGUACAACCCUGUGGGAGAUCUGCAGUGGAGGAGACAAACCACUCAGCACACUGGACUGCUCCAAGAAACGGCUGUUCUAUGAGGACCGCCACCAGCUACCUGCUCCAAAGUGGACAGAGCUAGCCAAUCUCAUCAACAGCUGUAUGGACUAUGAGCCGUCCAACAGACCUUCCUUCAGAGCUGUCAUCAGAGACCUCAACAGCCUCUUCACUCCUGACUAUGAGUUGCUGGUGGAGAGUGACAUGGUGCCCAACAGGACCAGAGGGUUUGGGUUCCCAGGGUCUUUUGAGAACCAGGAGCCCGCUCUGUUUGAAGAGAGACAUCUCAUCUUCCUCAAGCAGCUGGGGAAGGGUAACUUUGGCAGUGUGGAGAUGUGUAGGUACGACCCUCUGCUCGACAACACAGGGGAGGUGGUGGCAGUCAAGAAGCUGCAGCACAGCACAGCCGAACACCUCCGCGACUUUGAACGGGAGAUCGAGAUCCUCAAGUCCCUCCAGCAUGACAACAUCGUCAAGUACAAGGGAGUGUGCUACAGCGCUGGUCGGAGGAACCUGCAUCUGAUCAUGGAGUACCUCCCCCACGGCAGUCUGAGAGACUACCUCGUCAAGAACAAGGAUCGCUUCGACUACAAGAAGCUCCUGCUCUACGCCUCACAGAUCUGCAAGGGCAUGGACUACCUGGCGACCAAGCGCUACAUCCACAGAGACCUGGCCACCCGUAACAUCCUGGUGGAGAGUGAGCUGAGGGUGAAGAUAGGAGACUUUGGGCUCACCAAGGUCCUGCCUCAGGACAAGGACUACUACACCGUCAGAGAGCCGGGAGAGAGCCCCAUCUUCUGGUAUGCCCCCGAGUCGCUGACUGAGAGCAAGUUUUCAGUGGGCUCUGACGUGUGGAGCUUUGGAGUGGUCCUCUACGAGCUGUUCACCCACAGCGACAAGAACUGCAGUCCUCCAGCCGUACGUCUCUGCGCUGUUAUUUUUCCUCUUCUACCUCACACGACCACUCUUCGUCUCUAUCACUUUUCUAACUCGACUGUCUCCCUCAACCUUUCUCUCUUUGAUACUGCCUACUUGUUCAAAAGGUGGAAAGAGCUCGAUUAAGACUUGUCGCAGUCA